UAUUUUCUUAAAGCUGCUCAGUUCUAUCAUUUUUAGUCCAUAUAGUAAUUCCUUAAAAGCAUCCAGAGGAUGAUGGACAUUAUCUUGUAUAUACUCCCUGCACAUAUCCAAAUUUAGGUAUUACUUGGGAUAGGUUAAAAGCACGAGUAAAUAAUGAAACAUUAACAUAGUAAAUACCCAGUUCUCACUUCACUUAACUUUGGUAGAUAAAUUCUUGGCUUAAAACUUGAUUGUCCUAAAGUCCACCUCAUUCUUUGUCUAAGGUUACUUCUGUCACAGAGCUUGCAGAAAGGAAGGACUUCUUGUGCCUCAGACAUGAUGCAAAACCUCAUCUAUGUGGACACAGUUUUGAUGUGCAGUUGUGUAGCGAAAAUGCUGGCUUAACCAGUCUAUUACUUCUUGUUUCCACUGGAUCAUGCCAAACUGUAUCACCAUAUUAUGAAACAUGUAAAGGAAUUAAUCUGACUGAAACUCUUUCCCCAUGUUAUUUUUCAGCCUGCUAAUUUGCUGUGGAGCCACAAGAGCAACUGGGUUGGUACAACUCUUAACUGUGUGAGGACAGGAUGAUAUAGCAAGAAUGGGACAGCUUAGGAAACAUCCUAUCGCUGCCUAAAAGUCGGAUCACCCAUGAAGCUAACAGGCUAGACUAACUGAUGUCAUUGUGUGUGGUUUUGUCUGUUGACUUCAAGGAGAGUGGUAAAUUUUGGCAGGAGUACAAGAGGAACUGCUGAGAAUGGUCAUAUGCUAAAUUAUUGCAGCAAAAUUUGUCAAUUUUGGGCAGUCUGUUAGGUUUCCAGGAAAGGCUUACUGAAUAAUGUAUAUGAACUGCACCAACCAAGGGAGCAGUAGAUGUUAGAGGGUUCUUUCUUUUUUAAAUACAAACUGAUUAACGGAUGCAGAGGUCAGUGCUUUCGUAAGGUUAAAACUUGUUACAGUGGUAGAGCUAAGGAAGUGGAUAAAGUGGUAAGAGUUUGAUGAAACAGAAGGAUAGAUGCAUCUUGACAAAAUACAGUUUAAGAAGGAAAGUUGAAGAAAAAAUGUUCUUUACAAGUUAUGGAUCUUGCUCUAGAUUUCAGUAGCUGGAAUUGCUGUUAGCACUGCCAGUGGCAAGUUUGAUUCAGACUGGAAGCCUGGGGUGAGUGAAGAGGUUCCUAUAUAUCAGACACAACAGAAUGCACCUGAGAAUACAUUAAUUUAAAAGAAAAAUUACAGCUAUUCCAAAUACACUUUAAUUAAUAAUUUGAAAUUUGAAUUAAUAAUCUAGUCCUAGAAAAUGUCAUGGUUUUCUUCUAGUAACUGGGUUUACUGGAUCUGCAGCACUCCCAUCUCUCAAGGCCUAUUUUAACCUGGAUAAUGGGGCAAACCCCUUUUGCUCAGCAUCAUCCUCAAAAAUCAUUGGACAGGUCCCUGGAGUGCCUCCAUUCCUUCAUUUGGUUUGAUAUUCCAGUAAAAGAUAAGACCAGUCACACCUUCCAGAGAAAUAGAGGAUUUCAGCAGAGAAGAUGCAGAAGUAUGGGACCUAAUGUUGCGGUGAUGGGUAUGUGUCCCCAGGUGGAAUCACUUUAUCCUCGUCCUGGAUGGGUUGAAUUAGAUCCUGAAGUGCUAUGGAGCCAGUUUGUUGGUGUAAUAAAAGAGGCUGUACAAGCUGCGGGACUUCACAUGAGGCAAGUUGCUGGUCUUGGCAUCUCAACACAGAGAGCAACCUUCAUUACAUGGCACAAGAGGACAGGGAAGCCUUUUCAUAAUUUCAUAAGUUGGCAAGAUGUAAGAAGUGCUGAACUUGUGAAUUCAUGGAAUAAGUCCCUUCUGCUGAAGGUAAUCCAUGUUAUUUUUACAGUGCUUCAUUUCUUGACUGGGAAUGAUCGGUAUUUAGCACCAAGUUUUCUUACUUUUUCAACACAACAGACUUCUAUGAAGUUGUCAUGGGUUUUUAAAAACAUAAAUGAGGCUGAAGAAGCUGCCAGAAAAAAUAACUGCUGCUUUGGAACAGUUGACACAUGGUUACUGUAUAGAUUAACUAAAGGUUCUGUGUAUGCUACAGAUUACUCAAAUGCCAGUGCUACAGGUGUUUUUGAACCCUUUACGAAAUGUUGGAACCCCACUUUGUGUAAUUUACUUUCCAUUCCCAUGUCUAUUUAUCCACCAGUGAAAGACACAAGCUUCAACUUUGGAUCAGCUGACUCUGAAAUAUUUGGGGUACCUAUACCAAUAAUGGCAGUGGUAGCAGAUCAGCAGUCAGCUAUGUUUGGAGAAUGCUGCUUUCAACCAGGAGAUGUUAAACUGACAAUGGGAACGGGUGGCUUCUGGAAUGUGAAUACUGGAGAGCAUCUUUUUGCAUCACGCAGAGGCCUAUAUCCACUGAUUGGUUGGAAGAUUGGGGAAGAAGUUGUUUACUUAACUGAAGGCUGUAUUUCAGACAUUGGCACUGCCAUAAAAUGGGCUCAGGAUAUAAAUCUUUUCACCAAUGUAGAUGAAACAGCAAAAAUGGCAAGGAGUAUUGUUGAUUCUCAAGGCGUUUGUUUUGUUCCAGGUUUUCAGGUUUCUGUGAAUGACACAUAUUUAUGUGCCUCUUUCAUGGGGCUGAAACCGUCCACUACCAGAAACCAUCUUGUACGAGCUAUAUUGGAAUCUGUGGCUUUCAGAAACAAACAGCUUUAUGAUAUGAUAGUGAAGAAGAUACGUAUUCCUCUUCAAACAAUUCGAGCUGAUGGAGGUGUCAGCAAUAAUAGUUUUGUCAUGCAGAUGACUUCAGAUUUAAUUAAUAAGAAAAUAGAAAAACCUGUGAAUGCAGACAUGUCGAGUCUUGGCGCAGCUUUUCUAGCAGGCCUUGCUGCAGGAUUUUGGACUGACAAAGAACAAUUAAAGAAGCUAAGGCGAAUAGAAGUAGUUUUUGAGCCCCAGAAGGACUCGGAGGAAUACAAACCUGCUAUGGAUACCUGGCUACAAGCAAUGAAAUGCUCCCUGCACUGGUAGAAAUUGGCAUUUUAAUGAUACAGGAAUUGAAAUGGUUUAA